AUGGCUGGAGCCAAGAAGAAGAAGAAGCCCGCCGCGAACCCGGCUAGAGGUUUUGCUACGACAUCCGUUGCUUCAUCCAAGGCUCGGGCCGAACCCGCUGAGGGCUCCGAGAUUGCCGCUUCUGCUCCGAAUGCCAACGCUGCCGCCUCAUCUCAAGACGCCGCACCAACCGCCGCUCAAUCAGCCACUGCCGACGACAAGGCCGCCAAGAGUACAUUGAGUCCCGAAGAGUAUGAAAAGCAACUCGAAGAAGACGAACUGCAGCUCCUCGUUGAGAAGUACGCUCAGAAAACCAAACGUGAUGCUCAACGCCAGCGCACACGUCUUGAAACCGACCGACGACUUCUCAGAAACCAGGCUGAUUCCGUCAAUUCGAGAAAAUGGUUACCCCAGGAACUCAUGGACCAAGUUCUUGACCUGAUCCAGGCCGAAAGUCGCUUCGCGUCUUCAAGUGUCUCGACCGAGAGCUCAGUCAAUGGCAAGAUGUUGCCGGAGGAAGAACUGACUAUGAAGCUGUGGACUCUGCAGCAGACCCUCGCCAGUGUUGGCUUCCCCGACGAACGUGUCCAAUCCGUCAUACGAUACAUCCUUGACAUUGCUCCCAAUGUACCUGCAAUCGCCAAGGACAGUCUCUGGGGUCUCGAGGAGGCUCUUGACUGGUUGGCUAGGGAAUGCCCGAAUGACGAGCUGCCGGAUUACGAGGGCCGAGGUCGACAUGGGGUGAAGCCUUUUGAAACACCUGGUCAAAGCCCGCUGCCCUCAGGUGCAACUACCCCAAGAGCUUUGGAGUCUGAUAGUCGUUCAAAAGGCGGCUCUUCUUCCAAGAAUGGGGGACCUGGCAGCAAGAAAAAGAAGGCCGCGAUGACGUGUGAUAGCGACAUCGAACCCGAUGACCUGCUGCCUGUCUACCUGGAAACAAAGGCCAAGCUUUUUGAACUUGAACGCGGACAGCAAGAAAAGAAGAGGCAGAAGGGUGUUAAGACGGAUGGAACUGAAGAGGAAGAGAUGAUGGCCAAGCUUCGUGCUAAGAUCGGCAGAAUCGAAAAGGACGUUCUGUUUGAUAGGUUUCCCGCCGAGCAACAGUGGAAGACCCAGAAAAUUGUCUUGGAGAAGCAAUUGGCAGAGGCUAGGAAACAAAGAGCAGAAGAGGAGGCCGCAAAGGAGACCGAGGAGGACGCUGAAGCGCCAGCUGUGUCCUCCGAUGGGGACGUCAAUGACGAGGCCGCUCGCAUUGCCGCCGAAGUCCUUGGGGAAAGCAACGACGAUGACGACGGACUCGCUGAUCUAUUCGCCAACCUGCCGGUGACCGAGGUUGAUGCGGCUGGUAAGUCGACUACCGUGGUUAAUGGCGCAGACGGCGUGAAGAUCACGAUCCGAGAUUUUGGAAAAUGGGCUGGCGUUACUCCCAUGAGAGCUCUCGAAGAAGCGUGCCGCGCCAGAGAUGCCUCGGUGAAGAUUGCCUAUCGGCUCAUCUCAGAGGUUCCCUUUGCCAACCGUCAUUCUCUUUCGAUUUCCUGGACGAAAGCUCAGGAAACUCCACCGCCAUCUCAGGAUGAAAGUGUCGACAUGAUCACCUACCCAACAAGCUUCAACUUCGCCAUGAAAUCAAUCGCUACCCCUGACAAAAAACAGUCGGAGGCUUACGUUGCAACUUGGGCGCUGUUCCACAUAUUCGGCAUCUCGACCAAGGAGGAGAAGGUUGGAAUGAGAUUGCCUGCCGUUUGGCGUGAGCUGUGGGACGAGCUCGCCUUGACGAGGAAGAGCCUUUUAGAUUCGAAAGAUCGAGAGGCCAUCCGAGAAUUGCGAGCGCUCGUGCGCCAAAGGCAAGACCAAGAGCUUGAAGACGGCGUAAUUCUCCAAGGAGCAUUCAAGGGAAGAGGCGGCGCUCGCAAUGGUAACGACAACAGGGAAGAGGCUGGCUUGGAUGCUGUCAAACGGCUUUCGGGUGGGCCCGAAUAUUACCAGAACAUCUGGGCUCAGAAGAGCAGUACUCCUCGAUUUCAGAUGAUGCUCCAGUCUCGCAUGCAGCUCCCCAUGUGGAACUUCAAGCAGCAAGUCACAGAUGCCGUCGACAGAGAACAAGUGGUCAUCAUCUGCGGUGAGACUGGCUGUGGAAAGAGUACGCAAGUGCCGGCCUUUCUGCUCGAACACCAACUGUCCCAGGGCAAGCCUUGCAAGAUCUACUGCACUGAGCCACGCCGUAUCUCGGCCAUUUCACUGGCAAAACGCGUCAGCGAAGAGCUCGGUGAAGGGCGUGGUGAUUUGGGGACAUCCAGAUCCCUAGUUGGCUACUCCAUCCGCUUGGAGGCCAAUACGUCCCGGGAAACACGUCUGGUGUAUGCAACCACUGGCAUAGUCAUGCGUAUGCUGGAAGGCUCGAAUGACUUGCGAGAGGUUACUCACCUUGUGCUCGACGAAGUACAUGAGAGGACUAUCGACAGUGACUUCUUGUUGAUCAUCCUGAAGAAGCUCAUGCUCAGACGCAAGGACCUGAAAGUGGUUCUCAUGUCGGCUACUGUUGAUGCCGACCGCUUCUCCAAGUACCUUGGCGGGGCACCGGUGCUGACUGUUCCCGGACGAACAUUCCCCGUUCAGGUUCGCUACUUGGAGGACGCUGUCGAGACGACUGGCUACAUGGUCGGGCAGACCAACCAGGAGAAGAUGGUGGACUUGGACGACGAGAUGGUAGAUGCCGAAACCGACGGGCCCAAGUCAACGUCCGGAGCAGACCUCUCGGCUUAUUCUGCAAAGACGAGGUCCAGUCUUGCUCAGAUGGACGAAUACCGUAUCGACUUCGAUCUCAUCGUGCAGCUCAUCGCCAAGGUGGCAUCUGAUCCUCAGUAUGUGGCAUACAGUAACGCAAUCCUGGUCUUCCUGCCCGGAAUAGCCGAGAUCCGUACCCUGAACGACCUUCUUUCCGGCGACCCUUCGUUUGCUUCCAACUGGCUCAUUUACCCCCUUCACUCCACCAUCGCCACAGAGGACCAAGAGGCCGCAUUCCUUGUCCCACCGCCGGGCAUCCGCAAGGUUGUUCUAGCGACCAACAUCGCCGAAACUGGUAUCACAAUCCCCGAUGUCACCUGCGUCAUCGACACGGGCAAGCAUCGAGAGAUGAGAUUCGAUGAAAGGCGACAACUGUCCCGUCUCAUCGACACAUUCAUCUCGCGAGCAAACGCCAAACAGCGACGCGGACGAGCCGGUCGUGUCCAGGAGGGUCUUUGCUUCCACCUCUUUACGAAGCAUAGGCACGACACCGUCAUGAGCGAUCAGCAGACGCCCGAAAUGCUGCGACUCUCGCUUCAAGAUCUGGCAAUCCGAGUCAAAAUUUGCAAAAUCGGUGGCAUCGAAGAGACCUUGAGCGAAGCCCUGGACCCUCCAUCGGCCAAGAACAUCCGCCGCGCUGUGGAUGCGCUCAUCGACGUCCGCGCCCUCACAAUGGCUGAGGACCUAACACCCCUCGGCCACCAGCUCGCGCGACUGCCUUUGGACGUGUUCCUCGGCAAGCUGAUCCUCAUGGGCGCCAUCUUCAAGUGCUUGGACAUGGCCAUCACCGUGGCCGCAAUUCUGUCAUCCAAGACGCCCUUCACGGCGCCCUUCGGCCAGCGUGGCCAGGCUGAUCUUGCUAGGAGGGCUUUCCGCCGGGGCGACUCGGACCUUUUGACCGUCUACAACGCCUACCUCGCGUGGAAGCGAGUCUGCCAGUCAACCAGCGGCAAGGACUUCCAGUUCUGCCGCAAGAACUUUCUCAGCCAGCAGACUCUCGCCAACAUCGAAGACCUUAAGGGCCAGCUGCUCGUCUCCGUAGCAGACUCAGGCUUCCUGCUCCUGACGGACGACGAGCGGAGAGCGCUCAACCGUCUGCGGUACGGCGCCAACUCACGCGGUCGUCGCCACCAGAACUUCUUCGACAUUCCUCAGCGCGUCAACACCAACAGCGAGAACGACGCCAUCACGACGGCCGUCAUCGCCUGGAGCUUUUACCCUAAGCUGCUCGUCCGCGACGCCCCGGGCAGCCGUGGCCUGCGCAACGUGGGCAACAACCAGUCCAUCAGCCUGCAUCCGUCCUCCGUCAACAAGGGCCACAACGAGCUCAAAUUCCUGUCCUACUACCACAUCAUGCAAGCUAAGAGCGUCUACCACGCCCACGAAACAACAGCAGCAGAACCCUUCGCCAUCGCCCUCCUCUGCGGCGACGUCCGAGCCGACAUGUUCUCCGGCGUCCUCGUCCUCGACGGGAACCGCUGCAGGUUCGCCCUGCCCGACUGGAAGACGAUGCUCGUCAUCAAGGUCCUGCGCACCCGCCUCAGGGAGCUCCUUACCCGCUCCUUCAAGCAGCCCGGCAAGUUGCCGACCGCCCAGCACGAGCGCUGGCUCGCCAUCUGGCAGAGGAUCUUCUCGUCUCAGCAGCAGCAGCAGCAACAGCAGCAGCUCCUGGCCAGCACCAUGGACAACGGAACCUCCGGCAAGGCGUAG